AUGACCACCAAGUACCUAUCGGCAAUCGCGUGCGGCCUUAUGGCGCUCGCUGUCGCGCCGGGCGCCAUCGCCCAGGAACAGAGUGUCGAGGAGUUCUACAGCAACAACGACCUUACGCUGGUGGUGGGCGCCGCUGCAGGCGGGGGCGCGGACUUUUACGCCCGGCAAUUCGUGCCGUUCUGGCAAAAGCACAUUCCGGGCAAUCCUGACAUCAUCGUGCGCAACCUGCCUGGCGCCAGCGGUAUGUCGGCGGCCAUCCAGAUGAUGUCGGCCGCUCCCAAGGACGGUACGGAAGUGGCGAUGUUGCUGCGCAACAAUCUCUAUUUCCCGCUGGUCUCCGACGUUCCGCUCGAUUUCGAGCCGCUCGAAGCCAACUGGCUGGGCAGCCUGACCAAGGAAAUCUACACGGUCGCCAUCAUGACGCGGGCCGGUAUCGACUCCGCCGACGACCUCUUCGAUACGACAGUGCGCAUGGGCGCCACCUCGUUUGCCAACGAAAACCGCGUUCUCCCCGCGAUGAUGAACGAGUAUCUGGGAACCCAGUUCGAGAUCAUCACGGGCUAUGAAGGGGCUGCCGCCAUGACGCUGGCCCUCGAACGUGGCGAAAUCGACGGCCGCAUGCUGCCCGUCGACAACCUCAUCGGUUAUGGCAACGAGGCACCGUUCCUCGAAGACGGCACCAUCGAAGUGGUUCUGCAGACGGCGGUCAAUUCAAGCGAACACUUCCCGGACGCGCCAAAUCUGUUCGAUUACAUCGAGGACCCCGAGAUCGAGGCCCUGGCAAGGUUCGUCCUGGCCCCGAUGGAAGCAGGACGUCCGUUUGCCGCUCCGGCCGGCAUCCCCGAAGACCGCCUUGCUGCGCUCCGCCAGGCCUUCAUGGAUGCGGCGAAUGACCCUGAAUACAUCGCGCAUAUGGAACAGGUCGCAAAUACGCCGACACCGAUUUCGGGUGAAGCCGUGCAGGAGAUCGUGGAGGAGAUCUACUCUGCGUCCGACGACGUGCUCGAAAAAGUCCGGCCGCUGGUCAACCCCCAGUCCUGA